AUGCCUUCCGUCGUGGAACGUGCAGAGAAGCUUCAGCACAGCGCGGUGGAACCGUUGCAGCAGGCCAUGGGAAAGAAGGUGGAGGAUCCCGGCGUCGUCGUUCCAGAUUUGAGCGUUGCCCAAAUCCGUACAUCAGGCAUGAGCCCAAAUCCAGCGAACGCCGAGAGCUUCCAAGUCUCGACGUCCGAACUACAUGCCGUCCGCCAGGAGGCCACCGAGAAGAUUGCAGAAGAUGUGCACAGUCCGACUUUGUUGGGGGGUAGUUCUUCUAGCGCUACGCGAGGGGAAAUCGUCAAUACUACUACUGAGGUUGCUGCCGUGUCAAAGGGACAAACCGUAGAGAAAUUGAUUGACGACGCCGAUGCCAGUGACGACCAGUUUCUGACCCCACCGGAACAAAGUGAAGAAAGUGAGAAGCACGGGUCUUCCAGCGUCGCGAAACGCGUUGUCGGUGCCAUCGGGGUUGCGUCAGCUGGCACCGCUGCUGCCUUCGGUAUCGGUAAGUCUGAUCAGGCAGCAGCGGACUCCCGCUUGCGUUCAUCAAGUGACGGAGCCAGGACUACAGUUGCGGGCUUGAUUCCAAAUGUGCGGGGCACCGCAGAUGAAACCGGCGAUUCGAGUCCCGUGCAGGAGGCCCAGCAAACGGGCCUGAAUGAUAUGGCUUCAUCUACUGAUGCCGGCAACUACAGCGGGUAUCUCUCCCCUCCUUCGGUUGAGACGCGCACUAGGAUGUUCGAGGAAACAGCAGCAGCCGCAGCAGCAGAGACGGGGGCUUUGGCAAGAGGGAAAUCUUAUUCCCUAAAUGGAGCAGACGGGGCUCCUGCGAAUCAGCAAACUCUGUCUCAUCUUGAUGAAUUUGAACAGGCUGACAUGCGCAAAAUGACAUCUGACGGCAUCAGCUCCAAUCCUACAUAUGCCUCUUCAGCCACUGUGGGGUGCAAGAUAACAAGAGCAUCCACAUUUGCGAGAGAAGCGAGCAAUUCACAAGAAAACGUAGCAACACCCUAUGUGACUCAACGAGCUGUUGGGGCGGGCUUGAGGCAGGUGCCAGAAUCCAGAUUUUCGAGUGAGAUUCAGGGUUUACCUCAGGAAUCUCGUUCUGCUCUAAUGAAAAAAGGCAGUGGUUUCAUAGAUGAGCCCAUCACUCAGCAACCGAUAGAAGAAGUGCUUGACCUAUAUCCGAAGAACCCGCUGAGGUCUGAUUCGCAGGUGCCACUCUUCCGGAUUCUUGAAGCUAUUCAGAACAUACCUGCAGAUGACUCAGAAGCGUACGGUAUUUUAGACCAGUAUCAUGGGUUUUCGAAAGUGAUUGUCGCAAUGUUGUCCCAGUUCGAAGAUGGAGCGCUGCAGGAACAAGGCUUACAUUGCAUUGUUCGCAUUCUACGCAACACUCAAUCAUCUCGGAAGGAAGUACUGGUACUGAACUCCUACGGAGACUGCUACAGAACGGUACAAGGAACUGCGGAUGCUGUGGUGCCCAAGGGCAACCCUGACAUUGACGUGCGUUCUUCUGGCGCCGUGCAAGCGGUUGUGCAAGCUCUGCACAAUUUUGAGUCAAUGCGCAGGGUGCAAUUGGCUGGAUGUGCGGCAUUAGCUGAGAUUGGAUCUAUAUCUACACCGUGCAAGCUUCUUGCCUGCGAAUACGGGGCGAUAUCACUAAUCAACAACGCUUUGCGCCAUCGAAGUACUCAGGCGGCAAGCAGUAUUCACGAUAUUGCCUCGCGGGCUGUGAGUGCCUUCUGCUCGGGAAAAGAAAAUCUUAGCUACAAGCAGUCCUUUACCAAGACUGGAACGGAGAAGGAGCUUCUGAACGUCUUGCAACUAUGGGGACUUGCAGAGGGGAAUACUUCAGAGCUUUUGACCACAGCGACGAAGAGUUGUUGUUCAGCUUUGCGUCACUUGACAGAUGGAUGUCCUACUGCCGGGGUCCAAUGUGUACAAGCUUACGGGUAUCACCACCUUAUCAGAGCAAUGGCAGUACGGCGAGAUGACGUCGCCGUAUGCACAUUGGUAGUCUCUGCAAUGACAUCAAUUACCAGAAGUUCUGGCUCAGCAGCCGAAAAGGGUCUCCAGGACUCAAAACCUCUCCGCGAAGUUCUGAUCACCAUGCAAGCUCAUUCGGACCAGCCGCUGUUCAUACGGAAGUGCCUCGACUUCAUGGACGCCUUGGGAUGUUACAGCAGUAUGAGGGAAGAAAUUGUCGCGGCAGGCGGAAUUCCGUUUGCUGCAGAUAUCAUAGAGCAAGGGGGCAACGACUCACUGCUGCUGGAGCGCUCCUGCGGUGUUUUGGAAAAACUUUGCCGAUCGCACGCGCGCAAUCAGGAAAUUUUGGCUUCUCACAACGGGAUCUCGUCCCUGACGGCUUUACUCACGACUCAUCAAGGACUUCCUGGCGUCAUCGAAAAGGAUCUGUUGGCGCUUAGCAGUGUCUGCGCCAGCAAUGGGAAGACUCAAAAGGAGGCGCUGAAGUCAGGCACCCCGGAGCAGGUCGUGCGUUCGCUUGGACUCUACUCAGCUCAAAACUCUAAAGUUGCAGCAGCAGCGGCAGCGACCAUGGCCGCCAUGGUAGUUCCGAGAAACACAGCCAUGUCUCAGAGUUUUGCCAAGUUGAAAGCUCCAGAGCUCGUUGUGAGGGCCAUGAAACGCCAUCCCGACAGCGUGAUGGUGCAGGAGAACGGCAGUGCAGCGAUAUCAUCUUUCUGUGAGGCCGAUCCACGGAUUAUUUCGAUGAUUUUGAAAUCGGGAAUAUCCAGCCUUCUUGUCGUUGCCUUGCAGCGCUAUCUGCACAAGCAGACGGCAGUGGUACAGAUCGUGCGGGCGAUGCGAGCCAUCUCGAACGAAGCUUCGGAAGAUUCGUACCGAUUCAAGUCCAAGUUGCUAACUGACAGAUCAAACGAAUCUUCUUUGUCAGAAGUUUUCCACACCGCCCUUUCUUAUCACAAGAAAUCGCUGCCAGACACAGCCAAUGUAAUUAUUAGCAUUUGUGCAACCAUCAACCGGUUGUGUAUGAGAUCAGUAGCCUUCAAGAACGAAAUUGGAAAGGAUGGCAUUGUUGAGGAGUUGAAGAGGUUGGUUGAAAGAACAGCCGAGUAUAGAGAAUUGGGAGCUUUGCAACCUGUAUUGGCCACAAUUUGCACGCUUGUGUUAGACUCGGAAGACAACAAGAAUAGAUUCCAUGCAGUCGGCGGAGUGGAAGUGAUACUGGAUGUCAUGCAGAAAUGGAAGAGCGACACAUAUGUCUUGGAGCAUUGUUGUGCAGCAUUACGCUACUCUUGCAACGAACACUUUGGAAAUUGUGACGAAGUUAAACGACACAACGGUGUACGGAGCAUUUUGGGCGUGAUGGAGCUUCACCCUGAAAAUGUUAAUGUUACCUUAUGGUGCUGCCUCACACUUGCAGACUUGUGUAAGGGAGACGAAGAACUACAGUCCUCCCCAAAUGUUGUACAAGGUAUCCGCAAGGUGGUUAGCGCGAUGACAACCUUCUCCGGCAACAGCAGAUUUUUGGCAAGUGCGUGUGAAUUUCUGCGAGCGGCUUCGAUAGAGAACGACGAAAAUCAGGAGCGAAUUGUCAGGCUUGGCGGCCGAACAGCGAUUGUGAGAGCAUUAGAAUCUCACCCAAGUGAUAGCUCACUUACCGAAACUGCGGCUUACGCACUGUUGCUGCUCCAGGAUGUACAAGAUGCUCGGAUUUCUGCCGAUGGCGAUUCUCAAAUCGGCUUCGUAAAGCGGCUUAGCCGAGAUCUUCGGCGUUCCUCCAGCUCAAACCGGUCCACUCGCUCUGGACGGGGACUUUUUGGACUGAAGUCGCGGUCGUUUAUCUCGAAGCGCAAGUCAACUGAGCAAAUUGAAGACGACGUACGUCUGAGCGAAGCUGCCGGGGCGGAGGCAGCACCUGAUCGCCUGCCGGCAAGUCGACCUUCGUUGAUAAGUUUUUCUCGUCGAUCGAAGGGUUCGCGCAGGAGCCGACGAAACUACAUUGAAGAAGUAGAGGAUGAUGUCGAUGAUGUCGAUGAUGUCGAACAGUUCGCAGACGGAGCUGACAACGGCUACGGGGAAUAUGGUCCAGCCCCGGUGCCUCUCACCGCUUCUGGUCCUCAUGUGGAGUAG